ACCUGAGCAGUCUGUCGCAGCUUCACUCGGCGGAGAUGCAGGAGCAGCUCCUGUCCUGUCUCAGCAGCGGUCCGUAUUCCAACUGGGAGCCAUGGGACAAGAAGGACUCCGGCCGCUGGUCCCUGAGCCUCGGAGACGACCUCAGCUCCGGCGUCUUCUCCUCCAACAGUCAGCCGGACGCGCCGGUGUUCAGCGUGGAUCUGCUGGGCCACGCUCAAGUGCCGCCGCCCUGCUGCUUUGAAGGUGUGGACGUCUGCAUCCCAGACUUCAGCCGGAGGAGCAUUCGCAUCAGAGAGGCCCGGCGGGUGAAGGUGGGCCACAUCGCCACAGGAAUCAGCGAUCAGAUCUCGGAGAGGGUGUUCACGCUGCAGACCCCGCACGGCUGGCACGUGGCGCACGACGACGAGGUGCAGGACUCUGGCGUGGAGCUGUGCUGCGUCUCCGCCCCAGACUCCAGCCACAGCUGGAGGUGGAGGAUCAGAGACGGGGUGCUGGAGACCAGGUCCAGCCAGCAGCUCUGCUCUCCGCCCGGCAGCGGCCUCAGAUCAGCCAUUGAGGUGUGACCUUCAUCUCUGGCGCCCUGCGCUCUCAUUCGGGCUGUUCAGCCAACAUUUGCUGUUACAUUUCAGCUUUCAGUGUCAUGGUGGAUUUUCUUCCAGAGA